AUGUUUGUUCAGGUCGAAGGAAAUGGAAAUGCUACGUAUGGAAAUGUAGCUCGGAGAGAUCAUGAAACUCAAGAAUAUACCUACUAUCCCAUUGCUAUUAUAGGUGCUGGUGAAUCUGGGAUUGCUAUGGGGUGCCGUUUAAAGGAAGUCCUAGGUUUUGAUCAGUUUCGCAUCUUUGAUAGACAGUCCGGAAUUGGAGGUACAUGGUGGAUUAAUCGAUACCCUGGCGUUGCUUGUGAUGUACCUUCAACAUUUUAUUCAUUCUCAUUCUGCCCAAAAUAUGACUGGUCAUGUUUUUAUCCAGGAGGCGCAGAGAUGGCCAAGUAUCUCCAGGCUGUUUGCGAAAAGUAUGAGAUAGUGGAUAAGAUACAAGUGAAUACCGAUGCUAAAGAAGCACGCUGGCUUGAAUCUGAACAAGUUUGGGAAGUAACUUUACAACACUUAAUGGUUGGUGCUGGAGACUUGAGUGAAGAAGAUCGAAUUCUCAAAGUCAAAGAGCUAGGCUACAGCGCUGUAUACACAUACGAAGAGAAGAUUCGAUGCAAAAUCCUGAUAAGUGCUGUUGGCGGUCUCGUCCAACCAAAGCUUUGGCCCGAGAGUAUCCCUGGAAAAGAUCUUUUUAAAGGAGAAAUCUUUCACUCUGCUCGUUGGCGACAUGAUAUCGACCUCAAGGACAAGAAUGUGGUAGUUAUUGGAACGGGGUGCAGUGCAAUACAGUUUGUACCGAAACUUGUGACUGAGUAUGGUGUGAAGUCCGUUACUCAGCUGAUGCAGUCUCCGCCAUGGGUUCAACCAAAGGUUGUGCCGCCGCUGGGAGAAAAAACAUGGAAUAAAUGGUCACCAGCACUAAAUACUUACAUUCCUGGUUUUAACAAACUCCUGCGUCAUACAUUAGGUACGGUGGCUGAAUAUGAUUUCAGAUUAUUUGGAUCUGGUUCUUUCGCUGAAAAAGAGCGUAGAAAGAAGGAGGCUAAGUGUUUGACUUAUAUGAAAAGCAAUGCUCCUGAGAAGUAUCACGAGAUCUUGACACCAAACUAUGGAAUUGGUUGUAAGAGAAGAAUCUUGGAUGCGGGGUGGUACUCAUGCCUAAAUGAUCCGAAAGUCAAUCUGACAACUCUUCCGCUAAAAAGUCUUGGGGAGGAUACUGUGACUUUAGGGCCUGGUCGUAACUAUCCACCUGAAGAUGUUACAAGCUCUGCUCCAACAAACAAAAUCACUAUUCCUGCUGACGUCAUCGUCCUUGCCAACGGGUUCCAAACAACGAAAUGGUUCCAUCCACUGAAUGUCUAUGGUAAGGAAGGGCAAACAUUACAGGAAGUGUUUGAAGGACGAGGUGGUCCUCAAAUGUACAUGGGAAGUGCCAUGGAUGGAUUUCCGAACUUCUUCACCUUGGUUGGUCCGAACUGCUUCACUGGACACACAUCCGUUGUUUAUACUUCGGAAAGUAUGGUAAUUCAAGCACUUAAUUUUAUCAAGCCUUUACUCAACGGUGAUGCUACCAUAGUAGAGGUUAAAAAGGAGGCCGAAAUGGAAUGGACCAGUCAAAUUCAGUCUGCGUUAAAGAAAAUGGUAUGGGCUGACAGUCGUGCGAGAAAUUGGUACCUCCGCGAAGAUGGUUGGAAUUCGAAUACUUAUCCGUAUACCCAACUCGAUUAUCUUUACCGCUGUUCGUAUCCAACUUGGAGACAUUGGAACAUCACGUAUACGCGAAAGGGCCUAUUAAAAAAAUGGGCGACAAGGACAUUUGUUCUCCUAGCCUGCACAGUUGCAUUUGCCGAAGUUUAUAGGAAGAGAAAGAUUGGCGGUGGAUUGGGUGCGAGUGAAGUUUUACGCAAAUGGUUCAAAAAGGGCCUCCUAGCAACAGCAUCUAUAUUGACGAAGAUAGGCACAAGUGUGCAGUAG